CCUGCCACCCCCCGGAUCGUCGCUACCUGACAUUCAAUAGGAUACUAAGUGAUCGCGUAAUCCACGUUAUUUUCCUAACCAACUAGCGGGUCUCGAUUUGUCCAGCCACUUUUGUCAGUGACUACUGCAUAUAGUGAAGCCCGUAACAGCCGUGUUGUGUGAAGUGAUCAGUGCGAGAUUAAAGUCAGACGCUACGAGUCUCCAACUUCCUCAUAUUUGCCUUUUGACGUCGAUCUGUUUUAAUAAUUUAUUGUUUAAAUCUCGGUGCUUCCUCCGUCGACUCGCUGCGCGUCCCAGUUAACCAGUUUCGUUGAAAGUCAUCACGAGCUGCAUCACGUAUCAAUGUGGAGAUUGGAUUACCACGAUACAACACCGGACACGGACUGCAUCGCGGAGAUGCCGCGAAGAUCCUCGAGAGAGUCCUGAACGUCGUUAUUGCAGUAAAGGAUCUUGAGGUGUUCUUCGCGGAGGACAUCGGAGAUCGAUUGUUUUUCUUUUUAUUUCGAUCACAUUGGAUCGGAUAGGCCGGGAGGAAAAUACAGUGAGACGAUGUAUACGGACGGUCUACUGACCCUCCAUUAUGGGAAACAUCCCGCAACCUUGGCCGCUGAGGUCGGGGCCUGGUACAGCGGGGACCGUCACGUGGACGUGACCUUGGCUUGCGACGACGGUUCCGUCGUUAGGGCCCACCGAGUAGUAUUGGCGGCGGCUAGUCCCCUCCUGGCUAGUCUACUUCGCAAUCCAGCCUUGGACCACGUGGUUCAUUUGUCUGGGGUCAGGAAGACGCAGCUGAAUCAUCUGCUCGAAUUUCUCUACAACGGGGAAGCCCUGAUACCGUCCACGGAGCUUACCCCACUGAGAGAACUGUUCGAGCUUCUACAAAUCAAGUCCGAGCUCUUCGAGCCUAAUCAACCCCAAACCUCGAGCAAUUCCGAGCCCGAGAGAAUACCAACGCCGCAACCCUCCGAGAGCCAAGAAAGCUCCAGCUACGAGUCUCAGUACGACGGCAGACAAUCGAACAACCCUGCGGAUUGUUGUUCGGUCCUCAUUAAGACGGAGGGAUGCGAGGAGGAGCCCGAGGUCGACGUCGAGGGUGUCGAGGGUGAAGCGAUGCUUUUGGAAAAUCGCGAAAGCAGUAUAGAACCACCCAGGAGGAGGGAUAGUUCGGAUCCCGUGAACCUAAGCCUGAACUCUGGGACAUCGACAACCAGCGAAAGCUCCCACGACAUAAUUCACAAGACAGAGAAGCCAAUGUUGGAGAGAAGAGAGUCCCUGGAAGAGGCUGAAGAGCGCAGGCGUCAAUUAGCCGCGAGAUUAGCCUUGGGUCUGGAACAGGGUAAAAGGAAACCGGAAGAGAUACCAAUCCCACCGGCGGAAGCUUACGUGGUGACACCCCAUCGAAAGCGAAGACCCGGUUUUCACAACGCCCCAGCCCAGAAUCCGGCGUUCGUCCCCUUCAAUCCCGGAUUCGAGACACCCCGAAGGCUACAGGCACCCCAUCCCUUAAGCGUAUCGGCCCCACCAUACCUGCAGGACAGGUCGUUGACCCCGCCGACGGCAUCUCAUCGACCCCCCAGUGCGGAUCCCACCGCAGCAGCUGGUCUGGAACCACCAUGGGGUGCCUGGAGUUUACCCCCGGCCCGUGCGCCGCCGCAACCCCCCACGGAAGAUCCCCCAAAAUCGACCCCCGUUCGCGAAUACCGCUGCAGCUACUGCGGCAAGCAGUUCGGUAUGUCCUGGAACCUGAAGACUCAUCUGAGAGUUCACACGGGCGAGAAACCCUUCGCCUGUCGCCUUUGCGUCGCCAUGUUCAAGCAGAAGGCGCAUCUUCUUAAGCAUCUCUGCUCGGUUCAUAGAGGCGUUAUCGCCGCGCCUGAUAACACGUUCACCUGCUGCUUCUGUUCGCUGAGCUUCGACAGCUUGCAGGAGCUAAUCAGGCACUUGUCAGGGCCGCAUAACAAUCUUCUACUCAGUAAGAACCUUCACGACUAGCGACAAGAUUCAAGGUAGCCCGGUGCUACGGGCCAUUUUCAUCUGGAAGUCUUCAUGGAAUGUUCGUCAGCUAUCUUUCCGGAACAUCCUGAAGGUCCGAAUCCUCAAGAUCCAACAUCCGGGACAUCCGUCACGGACGUCCAGAAGGGAAAUGCCCAUAUCCCGAAAAUACGUAGCACCGGUCUCUACCUUCUCAAUCUAUAUACGUCUAUAUAGAGUCGCGCCAGGGUAUUUCGAAAAUACCGUAAAAAUCUGGUACCUGUGAAAGAGCGUGAGAGAAAGGGAAAGGAGGUCAAAGGCCAAAUGUAAAAAAAUGUGUACGAAAAAUCGAUGGCCGCUUCCUGAAUAGAUUUCUAUUGGCGGAUCUAGAUAUACGCUUGGAAAUGAUAACGAAGCGCGGCGUAUCGGAGCCAUCGACAUCGCAAGGCAGCACAUGCUGAGACCUCGUACGAGCACCUUCCCCUUGUACAUGAAUAUACAUCAUCCAAGCGUCUAGACGUUACAGACGCUAUUACACACAGAGAUAUAUUUACAUACACGACUCUCUUCUUCUCUUGUACAUAAUGUUACAUAUGAAAAACGCGAAAGAAGCAUUAAUUUAUUUUAUACACGCAAAGGGACCAACCGAUUUUCCACCGAUUUUCUGUCUUAGGUAGAUCUUAGUGUCCUGCCCGAAAUCGCCUUGAACAAAUUGACGCAGCAUGUUUAGAGAAAAUCGCACUGAGCGGAACGGAUCGAUCGGCUAGAAGGAAUUUAUUUUCAUCUGCUCGCGCAGACAAGCUAUGAUAUUUUAUCUUAUUCUCUUCCUUCGACGACGAUCCUGGCGUCUCAGUCGUUUUCCUGGACCUCAAACGAUUCGACGUGCCUUAUGGGUCCAAAUUGGUCGAUUGGGCAGUGAUUUUCAUGUGUUCAUAGGCUAAGCGUAUACGAGAGUAAGCAUUAGGACGUUAAUCCGUAGCAGGUUUAUAAAAGUAAUUAUGCAAUUCCCGAGGAUGUCCCUUUCAUUCCCUAUUGUCUCCAUACGAAACAAAAAAAAGCUUUCAAACCCUUCUGCAUCCCCCUGGAGCAACGACGACACGGAAAACAAAUUGAACGGACGGACAUGCCGUAGGAAAGCAAGAGAAAUCCUACGGAGAGAAACGAAAGAACAAACCACCAGCCCAAGUAGCCCCGUUUUAGACGUAUAAGUAGUUUUUGACGCAGGACGUCAUUAUUUAGGAUUUUCUUUUCGUUUUUAGCCCUUAGGUGCCUCGAAGGGCGCGGACUUCGCUCGUGAUUCGCUCUCGAAUUAUUCGACCGGCCAUUUUGUCAAAGUUUACGCGAGUAGCGAUUCUCUUUCGCGUGGCUCUACCUUUUUAACCCUCUCCACCUUCCAAUGGUUUUUUCUUCUUUUUUUUUUUUUUUUUAAUUUACCCCUUUCACAUCUCUUCGUGUUCAUCCGCCACUCGUCCCCUUCUCUUCGCGAAGUUUUCAUCCCGCGAGGAAGAUGCAACUCGACGUAAUUUCGGAAGGGAGGAAAAGACCCGCACGCAUGCACUUAUGCACUCGCGCGAAGAAAAGACAAAGUGUACACGUAAGCGCCACGCAAAAGUACCCGAAAUCAAGUUUAUUUUAUUUUUUGAUAAUCGUAAAAGCCGUCGGCACGCUAGGAAAAAAAUUUAGCACGGACACGAACCCACAUGCACGGAGCACACUCGUGGGGCACAGAGCCAAAAAAUUCUGGCAUUACACGAAAAAGAGGAGGAAAGAAAAAAAGUAAUCUCCCAGUUUCCUCAGAUCGACUAAUUGCAGCAGCGUCGCGACGCACGAUCAGUGGCGCCGUUAAUAGAUAACAUUAUUAUUCUUGAGAAUACCGAGAGCAGUACACCAAAGAUAUGUUCGUAGGGCUGUUCGCGAGUGGGAAACAUAUAAGUUAUAUUAUGUGCGAAACGCCGAGAUCUGAAUCUUGUACGAAUCAUAGACCUACGACAGAUCGCAUUGUACACGGAUUAAAGAAGGGAUAUUAAAGUGAAAAAGAGAGGAAGCGAAGAAAACGAAAGAAGAAAAAUGAAAAGAAAGAAAUUACAAAUAAAGCUUAUUAAUUAUUCCCUGUAACGAGCGCACACGUACACACGUCACUAAUCACCGCUACAACUGUCACUCUACACCUAUUAUCUAGCGCUAUCACCUAUCACUGCUAUCUUUCAUCCCUUCCUCCCCUCCCGCCCCCCCCUUUAACAAUCUUACGUUUUUCUAUCCACACCUUCUUCCCGAUUGAUUUCAAAAGAGAAAAUAAUGCCUGUAAGUUGCCUGGCUUCGAGUUUCUUCCACGUUCUUUGGGACCUUCGAUUUUUUUUUCAUUUUUUUUUCUGGAUUCUCCCCUCGACUUUUGUCUUUUUUGCUCUGCGUCUUACGUCACUAUAACUUCCGUUGCUCCUGUCGCCUCGCGAGACGCGACUGGAGAUGAAAAUUGAUGAAUUUUUCAUCAGUGACAAUUUAAACGAGGAAUUUAUCAUUUGUUUCAAGUAUCUUUUCUCGUUGAGGAGUGCGUGUGUACGUGUGAGAGCAAGAGAGACAGGUGAGCAAGGCUAGGAGAGUGGGGGUACUUUUUGAAUAUUUUGAGUGAGACAAUUUAAAAAAAAAAGAACCAAGCAACAAGAAAGCA